AUGUCAUCAGAUAAGAAACGAUUUGGUAGAAUAAGUAGCAUAUUUGGCAAUCAUCAUAAUAAUAACAGUACAACUAAUGCUUUAAAUGCAAAUUCAAGAACAUCAUCACCCCAACCCCAAACCAUUAAACCAUUGAAUAAACCGUUGCUUAAUAAAUCAUCACAAUCCAAUUUAACUGCAAAGACUUCAAAUGUUUCUCAUAAAUCAAUACUGCAAAAAUCAUCGCUACAGAGUUUAAAUCCAUCAAUUAAUAAUAAUAUACCCAAAAUCAAUGAAACUCCAAAAAAGACAAAUUCUCAUCUAUCAGUACUAGACACCCAUUCUCAUAGUCCUAAUUUAUCUCCACAAUCUACAAAUACAACAAGACUAAGGAGGAAACCACCAAGUGAUUUAGAUUCAUUUGAUUUUGAAUCCCAAGGUCAAAAUUUAACAUCACCUACAAAAUCAACAGCAACCACCACCGCCACUUCAUCAUCAUCUAAUCAACCAGAUAGAGAUAUAAUAGCAGAUUUAGAACAUGAAAUCGAUAAUUUCUUACAAAUUGAACCACUGAAUAAUUCAAAUGAUAUGUAUGAUGCAAAAAGUAGAACAUCUAAUCCAUUUGAACAAAGAAGUAUUAAUGAUUAUGAAAUGACUAGAUCAGAUCCAAUAAUGGGCUUAUCCGAAUAUACUCAAGAGGUGACUACACCACCAUUACGACCACGAAGUACAGAAUUUGAGUCACCGUCAUCAGCACCAUAUCCAUUAGAUUCAUUAUUAUCUACUCCCACGGAAUCACUAAGUCAGUCUCCACAAAUUAUUCAAAAUGAACAAUUUCAUCAAGAAGAAGAUGAUGUAAUUGCUGAUCUAAGCUCAAAAUCUUCCUCAGUUUCAUUAUCCUCACCGAUAAAUUUUACUGUACCAUCUUCAGAUACGACAAAUAUGAGUUAUGAUCAAAUUCAUAAAAAUUCAUCAUCAUUUACAUCUUUAAAUAAUUAUAAUACCAAUUCAACACCAGCUCAUACUAGAUCAUCAUCAUAUACAAAUCGAACACAAUCAUACACAUUAAAUAAAUCACCAACUAUGCUUUCAUAUAAUUCAAAUCCUCAAAGUAUGCAUAAUCGUCAAGCUUCAAUUAAAUCAAUCCAAUCCUCAAAUUCAUGUAGGAAUGUAAAUCUAGCUGCUUUAAAGAAAACUAUGAGUUUGAAACCAGGUGAAGGUGAACGUAGUUAUUACGUAUAUUCAAUUAGAAGAUCUGCAGGAACAGCUUAUAAUGAAAAUGGACCCUUGAAAUGGAAAUUACCAGUUGGAAUUAUGCCAAUAGAUAAAGCUGCUACUAAAGAAAAUUCAAAUGGGAAAUAUAAGAGAUUAAUAGGAAAUAGUAAUUAUUUAAGAUCAUCAAAGUAUUUAAAACAGUCUGGGGUUGAAUUAAAACAUGGACAUUUAAAACCUAGAUUGUUAGCUAGUGAAGUAGAUGAUCGUGAUGAUAAUAACAUAUUCAAUUUGGAAUCAACAAACACACCUAAAAAGAAUAUAAUACCACCAUUAAAUGACUCAAAUAGUGACAAGAUAUCGAGAGAUAAUUCUUUGAAAAGAACAAUUACUGAUGGUUCCUUACCCACUGGUGACACCCGAUCAUGUAUUUCAACAACUGAGAAUAGUAACAGAAAUAGAAGUAGUUCGAUAAAUUCUUUAAAUUCAACUGGUUCUUUGAAAAUUGAUAAUAAAAUUAAUUCUUUGGGUUAUUAUCAACAUAGAAGUUAUAAAUAUGGAGAUGAUGAUAAUGAUGAAGAAAGCGAUACUACUGAGUUUAAUAUUGAUGGAGAGAAAAUGAAUAAUAAUCAGGAACAAAUUAUAAUUGAUGAAGAUGAUGAAGAGAGACCGAAAUUGGUAUUAGCUAAUCCAGACUAUUCAAGUGAGAGUGAUUAA